AAGAAGAAGAAGAAGAAGAAAAAGAAGAGGGGGAAAAAAAAAGAAGUAGCCAGAAGAAUCCCGCUCACGGACAACAAAGACGCUCACUCCACAAUUGCCCACACACACUCCUGUGCCACAUCCCUAAAAGACUGGUUGAAGGAAAAUCCACUCAAGUGAAGGUAUGAAGAAAGCUUGGAUGUAUAAUGAUAGGAGUAAUGCCCGAAGGAGGGCUGUCAAAAGAGUUGAAGAACUCAUUGAAAUUGAGGCGGAAACAGAGGGGUUGGGUUCUGUCAAUUCUGAGUUGAGUGUUUGUCUCGACAAUUCAGAGGAAUUUAAUAUGCAAGUCAGUGAUGAUGAAAGUGAUCAGGACCUUGACGCUGAGGAUUUGGAAGAGGCAGAGGCUUUAUUAUCUGAUGAGGACAUGUCUGAUCUUAGAGACCAGUGUCAGAAUGGUGGUGAUCUCCAUAGCUCACUGGCUAAUUGGGCAGUUUCAUUUGGUAUUUCUCUCAUGGCUCUGUCAGCACUUCUAAACAUCCUUAGAAUAUACCACCCUUUCCUGCCCAAAGAUGGACGAACAUUGCUGAAAACUAAAACAAGCCACAACAUUCACAAUGCAGCAGGUGGUGUCUUCCAUUAUCGUGGAAUUUUGAAUUCAUUUCAGAAAAUCUUCGAUAAAGUGUGGUUUUCCUUGACAGACGGACAUGUAUUUAAACUGCAGUUAAAUUUUGAUGGCCUACCUCUCUGGAAGAGUUCUAGAACUCAGUUUUGGCCAAUCCUUGGUAUGUUACAAGGAUACACAAAGAAACCAGUGUUGAUUGGCCUUUUUUGUGGUACUUCAAAGCCAAAUUCACUGGCUGAGUAUCUUCAUGAUUUGGUACAUGAGCUAAAAGCACUGCAAAGUGGAUUUCUGUUCAAGCAGAAAUCUUUCUUUGUUAAUGUUGUUUCUGUUGUGUGUGAUACCCCAGCCAGAGCUUUCAUAAGAGGUGUGAAGUCACACAAUGCUUAUCAUGGCUGUGACAAGUGUGACCAAACAGGUGUACGCAAAUGUAAUCGAAUGACGUUUCCUGAGGUCAAUGCAAGGCGCAGAACUGAUGACAGUUUUCGACAAGCAAUGGAUGAAGAACAUCAUGUCCAACAGUCACCUCUUGCAGAUGUAGGCAUUGAUAUGAUUGCUUGCUUCCCAUAUGAUUAUAUGCAUCUGGUUUGUCUUGGUGUAAUGAAGCGUCUUUUAGAUUUGUGGAUCAGCACCACAGGCCCACUACGCUGUCGCAUUUCAUCUAGUCUCACUUCCAUCAUUUCAGAUAGACUUCUUGCACUGAGAAAUUACAUCCCUAGUGAGUUUACUCGAAGGCCACGGUCACUAGCUGACCGAUGUAGGUGGAAAGCCACAGAAUUCCGUCAGUUCUUGUUAUACACUGGUCCGGUUGUGCUCAGGGGUGUACUGAAGCCUCAGAUCUACGAUAACUUUCUGCUUUUGUCAGUAGGUGUGUACAUCUUGGCAAGUCCAAAGUAUUGUUUGGAGAUGAAUGACCUUGCCAAUACUCUGUUGGUUUCAUUUGUUGAACAUUUUGGCCAGCUUUAUGGUGAAGAGUUCUGGGUUUCAAAUAUUCAUGGUCUGGUGCAUCUCAGUGAAGAUGUCAAAAUCCAUGGCAAUUUAGAUCUCAUAUCUGCAUUUCCAUAUGAAAACUUCCUGGGAAAAUUAAAGAAAUUAGUUCGGGGGCCAUGUAAUCCUUUGACUCAGGUGCUGCGAAGAUUAUCAGAGAUGGAAAAUGAUGACUUCAAUCCUGAUGUUAAAGAAACUCCAAAACUUUACAAAGAGCACAUGGAUGGGCCUGUGCCAGAUGACUUCUCACAACGGAUGUUUCAUAUUGUUGUCUUUGACGACACCAGUGAGGUUGAAGUUGUUCCUUCAGUUUGGAUGAAAAAUGGAGAAUGCAUGUGGCCUCCAAAUAAAAGUGAUGUGGCAAAAGCUGUAAAAUCCCAAGAAUGUCCUGGACAUGGAUGGAAGCCCCAUAAAGCCAGAAUUAUUUUCACAUCCUAUGACUACAAUGAAGCGAGGCUUAAACUACCUCAAGCUGUUGAUAACACAGACCUUGGAAGUGAUGAAAAGGACUCUCCAAUUCAAUUUAAAAGGAAAAGGAUACGCAAGAACAUAUUAUUCCCUGGGGAGGAAGAUGACGGUGAUGACAAUGAUAAUGAGAUGAAAGUACGAAAGUCAACAAAAAGGAGAUUGGAUUCAUUGCCCAGUGCGCCAAAGAUUUAUGUGCCGAACAUCACUCCUGCACUAAAACGAGGGAAACAAAAUAGACCUAGGAUCAACUCCACUGGCCAUAACAGUCCUGAGCCUAUGAUCCAUUCUCCAUGCACCAGCAGGAAGAUGCACUCUCCAAGGCGCACCUUCAAUAAGAUGCACACUCCAAGGAGCACAAGCAGUGAGGUGUACUCACCAAGGAGCACCAGCAGGGCGGUGCAGACACCAAGGUGCACCAGCAGGGAGGUGCAGACUCCAAGGUGCACCAGCAGGGAGGUGCACACUCCAAGACGUACCAGUUGUGAGAUUCACACUCCAAGGCGUACUGGCAGUAAGGUGCACUCCCCAAUGACGCACACCAAGAGGCAUACUGCAUCUUCCGCAGUCCCAUCAACACACUUCGAGUCACAUCAAAGCAGUGAGAAGAGAUCCAGUCUGCAAACUUUCCUGUUGCAUAAUAUUUUAAAGCAAGAAAUGAUGCUGGAGCAACUGCGAAUCAUCUUUCAGACUCUACAGGGUAUGAAAGCAGCUGAUGAGGCAGAGAUGGGCCUUGAUCCAAAUCUGUUGCCACUCAAAGAUGUUGGUUCUCUUCAGAGCCUGGAGGAACAACUUCACAUCAACCCAGACCUCCAGAAAACAUUGGUAAAUACACUGGCUCUCAAAGGUGGAGUGGACAUUCGUAAAUGUGUCUGGAGCAUUAUGCAUGCAAUGAUCAAUAACUCUCUGGCAAGAAAAAUAAACAUGAGAGGAAUAAAUGGAAAGAUUGGUUUCCAGCACCUACAGAUUCGAACUGUUGUAACUGCCGCUGUGAGGCGAAACCGAUUAACAUCGUGGGCCACAGACAAGGAAAUUGAUGCCACCAUCCAAAGAUGGCUACAGCUGGCUUCUGAUCGGGAUGGUGGGAGGAAGGAGCGAAUGAAAAGAAAGGAGAAGAUGGAAAGCAGUUUGAUCAAUGAAUAAAUGCUGUUCAAGAAGCUGCUGUAUUACAGUUUGGACUUGGUGCUAACUGUCGUGCACUUUCCAGUUUGUGUGGUUCUUUGUGAGGUUCAUAUGAUGAAAAUAAAAAUUUUUGUAACAGUC